GCAUUGGAACCAAGAUCAACAAACACACCUAUACGAUAUCAUCUUGGUAAGCCAACGUAGCGGGGGGAGAUAAACCAUUGUAGCAGUGGAUAGGCAGACGUGUACGGAAAGCGAGAGAAGGCAGACGUGCGGCGGAGAGCCGUCGUGGAUUAGAGGUGGAAUAAAGAGUUUAGCUAUCACAAAUUGGCGACUGUGGAUGGGUUGCGGAAUACACCACGCGACUGGUAAGAUUUUGUUCUUUAUCGUUGAACGUUUUUUCUUCCAGCGUCAAAUUCUGCGGGGCGGAGCCCCUCCGUAUGCUUUGACCUGUUACACACACACACAGUGAUGCCAAACGGGUCCGGCACCGGAAGGAGUGGUCGAAGAGAGUGAAAACUCACACGCCGUGGCUUCGAGCCGGGAAAAUUGGUCAAAGGCCUUGGGCCGGCGACGAGACUUCGAGUCAGAAACGAAAAGACUGGACUCGGAAUCGAGUAGAGGCUUCGAGCCAGGUUACAACAAAGGCCCUGAGCCAGGUGUUGGAAAGGCCUAGAGCCAGGGAAAGUUGGUUAAAUCCACAAAGAAAAAAAAGAAGAAGAAAGAAAUUGAGCUGAGUUGUCAAAACAACAGGCCACCCAGGCUGACAGACAUUUCUCUGUAACAGCAUUCGGAAAAGUCUGCGAUUAAAAGUUCUAUCGACAGCUUGGCAACCCAGCCAACUGUCAAGCUGAAAACAGACAACGAAACGAGAACCAGACGUAAACAUUGUGUAAUCGAAACAAUUUUGUGUUGUUACAGAUAAUACAUGAUUUCGAGUUACCAGAAGGCUUACUGAAACAAGGGUUUCGGGUAAAAUCAGACUGACCGGACGAAAGCAGAAAAAAGCGAAGUCAACUGAGUGCGCUGUCAACUAGUGGAGAGCGAUAUCGAUUAGCCCAGCAAGCACCAUGGACAAGUUUGACAUACCGCCGUUUAAGUUCAAACAAAUGCCGCCAAAUGAAGUGCGCGAGGAGUGGACUCGCUACAAACGAAACUUCGAGUACAUGGCUCUGGCGAACGCAGUGACGAAUAAGACCAGGCUGAAGCAUAUCUUCCUCGCCCGAGCUGGAGUCGACGUCCAAGACGUGUUCAGCAGCAUUCCAGACGCUGACGUCGAAGAGCGCCUGGGCGUCGACCCGUUCAGAAUCGCUAUCAACAAGCUGGACGAGUACUUCGCACCUAAGCAACACGAAGCCUACCAGAGAUUCUUGUUCUGGUCACAACAAAUGAAGGACGGAGAAUCACUGGACAAGUUUAUGCUGCGCGCUAUGGACUUGGCUUCGAAGUGUAACUUCGGGAAUACCCUACAGGAAGCACGAGACAUAAGCGUAAUCGACAAAGUCAUCCAAAUGGCCCCUGACGACCUGCGCGAAAAGCUUCUGCAGAAGGAGCACCUGAGCGUUGAUUCGGUGACCAAGACCGUUAACGCUUAUCAGUCCGUCAAAUUCCAAGCGGGACAGAUGGCAGGUCACUCGAACCAGCCCAAACCGUUUCAAGAGGUGAACGUGGUGAACAAUGACGCGGCCGGCGCGGUCGGCGAAUGCUCGCGGUGCGGCUAUCCAGGUCAUUUCCACUACGAUGAAAGAUGUCCGGCGCGGGACCGGACCUGCAAGGUCUGCGGAAAUGUUGGCCAUUUUGGAAUCAAAUGCCGUUCGAGAAAAGCUCGAAAGCGCAAGUUCAAUGGACCAACUGGACAACGGAAGCGAGUGAAGUUCGAGCGGGUGCGAGCGGUGGACACCGAGGAAGAAGGUAAAAGCACUGAUUUUAUUUUCACGAUCGGUGAUGGUGAUGAGCUCAUCUGGGUGACACUUGGAGGCAUCGUCGUACAAAUGCUGAUCGACUCGGGCUGCGAGAAAAACAUUGUUGACAGCGGAACGUGGGACAAGUUGAAAAACCAAGGAGUUUUAGUAUCGGACAUGCGCACGGACUCCCGAGUAAACUUCCGGGCAUACGGACACACGGAUCCCCUAAAGGUCAGCCGGGUAUUCGAGGCAUCCAUCGCGGUGGGGGACAACGGUGAACGUGCCAAGACGAUGGCAACUUUCUACGUAGUGGAGGGCGGUCAACAACCUUUAUUGGGCCGCGCCACAGCGAAAGUGUUGGGUGUUCUGGUGUUGGGAUUACCUAGCACUCGUCCCCCGGAGCUGUACCAGAUGAGCUGCGAGCAAAAGCGGCCGUUUCCAAAAAUAAAAGGCGUCAAGGUAGUCAUACCAAUUGACCCGACGGUAUCACCCGUCGCGCAACAUGCCCGACGCCCACCCCUGGCGUUGCUUGAUAAAAUUGAAUGUAAGAUUGAUUCUUUGCUGGCCUCGGACAUUAUUGAACCUGUUGAAGAGUACAGUCCGUGGGUGUCGCCGCUGGUUGCCGUGCUGAAGGACAACGGAGAGAUUCGACUCUGCGUAGACAUGCGAAGAGCUAAUCUCGCAAUCAAGCGCGAGUCGCAUCUGAUGCCCACAUUCGAAGAUUUUCUUCCAAGGCUGAAGGAAGCACGCGUGUUCAGCCGUCUGGACAUCAAAGAUGCCUUCCAUCAGCUGGAGCUGGACGAGUCAUGCCGUCAAAUUACGACGUUCAUCUCUCACAAGGGGAUGUUCCGAUACAAACGGUUGGUGUUCGGACUUUCGAAUGCAUCUGAGGUUUUCCAAAAGAUCGUGGAACAGAUGUUGGCAGGAUGUCCGAAUGCCUUGAACUACAUUGACGACAUUUUGGUCUACGGCAAGAAUGAGGAGGAACACGACGCGGCGUUGGCGAAGGUGAUGGACAAACUGAAGGCGAAAAAUGUGCUGCUCAACCACAAGAAGUGCGUUUUCAGGGUAUCCGAGGUUGUGUUCUUGGGUCACCACAUUUCAGGAACGGGUAUUCGGCCAGCAGAGGAGAAAUUAAGCGCGUUGAAAUCGUUUCGAGCCCCCCAGACCGUCGAAGAGCUCCGGAGUUUUCUGGGCCUCGUUACGUACGUGGGCCGUUUCCUUCCGGAUCUGGCCACAGCUACGGCUGCUUUAAGAAAGCUCACGCACGCAGGCGAGAAGUUCCGCUGGGAGCAGGAACACGAAAAUGCCUUCCAGAAGGUGAAGCGGUUGAUUUGUGAUCUGAAGACGUUGCGAUACUUUGACAACAAGCUACGAACCCGUGUGAUCGCUGACGCAUCUCCCGUGGGACUGGGAGCAGUACUUGUUCAAUUCACGGACUACAGAAAUGACUCGGAGGUGCGGGUGAUCGGUUACGCUAGUAAAAGCCUCAGUCCAACCGAAAAGAGGUACUGCCAAACGGAGAAAGAAGCCCUCGCAUUAGUGUGGGCAGUUGAGCGUUUUUCGGUGUACUUGCUUGGACGUCAUUUCGAACUAGAAACGGAUCACAAGCCGUUGGAGAUUAUUUUCUCUCCCAGUUCGAGUCCGUGCCCUAGAAUCGAGCGUUGGGUCCUGAGGCUGCAAGCAUACCGGUUUGCAGUUAAGUAUCGGAAGGGCAGCAGUAACAUCGCAGAUCCGUUCUCGAGGCUGUGCACGCUGGAUGAAGGCGUGGACUUCGACAGCGACAGUAAGUUUCUGGUGUUGGCAAUCGCUGAGUCAGCAGCUAUCGAUACGAACGAACUGGAGAGAGCCUCACAGGGAGAUGGAGAGCUGGCAGCAGUCCGCGAGUGCGUCCGUAGCGGCGUAUGGAACCAACCUGAUGCUAAGCCGUACGAGAGAUUCCAGGGGGAGCUCGGCGUGCUGGGAGAAUCACUGCUGGUUCGAGGGUCAAAGCUAGUUGUUCCGCGGGCGUUGCGACCGAGGAUGCUCGACCUCGGACAUGAAGGUCAUCCGGGAGAGACAGUCAUGAAGCGUCGGCUAAGAGAUAGGGUGUGGUGGCCUAACAUGGACGGUGACAUCGUUAAACACGUAACAGGUUGCGAGGGAUGCAGACUGAUCGGCCUGCCGAGUAAGCCCGAACCGAUGUGCCGCAGGGAGCUUCCGACGAAACCAUGGGUGGACGUCGCAAUCGACUUCCUGGGUCCGUUGCCAUCUGGAGAAUACCUGCUAGUGAUCGUGGAUUAUUACAGCCGGUAUAAGGAGAUCGAGGUAAUGAAGCACAUAACCGCUGAGGAAACUACGAAACGGCUGCACAGGAUAUUCACUCGUCUGGGUUUUCCGGUCACUAUCACUCUGGACAAUGGCAGACAAUUUGUGAGCACACAUUUCGAUCAUUACUGCAAGCAACAUGGAAUAUCACUGAACUACUCAACUCCUUACUGGCCACAAGAGAACGGCCUCGUCGAGCGCCAGAAUCGAUCCCUGAUCAAGCGAUUGCAGAUCAGCCACGCGUUGGGACGCGACUGGAAAGAGGAUUUGGCGGGCUAUUUGUUGAUGUACUACACGACUCCACACUCAACAACGGGGAAGACGCCGACUGAGCUGUGCUACGGCAGAACCAUCAGAUCGAAAAUUCCCAGCUUGAUCGACGUGGAGUCGACUCCCAAUGACGAGGACUUCCGGGAAAGGGACCGUUUGCUGAAACAAAAAGGGAAAGAAUUGGAGGACAAGAAACGCCACGCCAGACCAUCUGAUCUACAACCGGGAGACACAGUCCUAAUAAAAAAUGUACUUCCGGGCAACAAGCUGACAACGGCCUACAGUCCAAAGGAACAUGUCGUUUUGAGCAAGGAGGGCGGUCGCGUCACCGUGCAAGACAAGGAGUCACGGAAGGUAUACAAACGGAACGUAACACAUUUGAAGCGAGUGCCAGUCGAGGCACCGAGCGAAUCUUCGGUGGCGGGAAGUGUGGAAGCGCCCCAGGAAGAUCCAGUGCCCCCAGUCGAACUCAGACCAUCACCGAUAGCGGAGGAAGCUCAAGCAGAUAAUCAUUUCAGGAACCGACGCGAAGUGAAACGACCAACUAGAUUCAGGGACUACAUUGUUUCUCACCUAGUUGACGAUUAGAGUCUAGAAAGAAAAGGAGAUGUGGUGCAUUGGAACCAAGAUCAACAAACACACCUAUACGAUAUCAUCUUGGUAAGCCAACGUAGCGGGGGGAGAUAAACCAUUGUAGCAGUGGAUAGGCAGACGUGUACGGAAAGCGAGAGAAGGCAGACGUGCGGCGGAGAGCCGUCGUGGAUUAGAGGUGGAAUAAAGAGUUUAGCU